AUGAACAAGUCUAUUCUGUUAAUAGCUUCCUACUUCUUCCUUGUUGUUCAUCUUGCCGCGGCGAUAACACAGCGUAGCCAAGAUGUAUCUUCUCACGAGUAUGUCCACUUGACAGAUGAUGGCCAUGGCGUAAAAAAGGCCACCCUCGAUAAUGAUAUACCUGAGGGGGAAAUAUUAACGAAAAAACAGUCUCUUCUUCAAUAUAACACAUUAGCAGCAGGAUCACCACCACAACCAUGUGUGGGUGACGACUGCUUUUGUCAGAAUUUUUACGACUUGACUUUGAUUAUCGAUGAAUCAGGAAGCAUAGGAACUAAAAAUUGGAAAAAUCAUGUUAUCCCAUUUACAGAUAAAAUUAUAAAGGACUUACAUAUUAGCGAAAAUGAAGUCCACGUAGGAAUAUUGUUAUUUUCCAACAUCAACAGACACUACGUCACCUUUGAUGAAGACGAAAGCUAUAAGAAGGAUAAGCUUCUGAAAAAAGUAGACGAGCUAAAAAAAGAAUAUGGUGCUGGAGCUGGAACAAGAAUUAUUUCAGCUUUGAAUUACGCAUUGGAGAAGUACAUUCACCAUAAGAAAGGGAGACCCAAUGCCCCCAAAGUAACCAUACUUUUUACUGACGGAAAUGACACAACCCCAGGCAGCGCUACUAAGCUCCCUCAAAUGGGAUUAACGUACAGAAAAGAAAAAGUGAAAUUGUUAGUUCUUGGUGUUGCAGAAGCGAAAGAUUAUAAUUUAAGAGCAAUAGUUGGCUGUGCAGGAAAUAAUGCCCCUUGUCCAUAUGCCAUGAAGGCGGAAUGGGAAACUAUAAAUCAUAUAACGAAAAAGUUAACGGAUAAAAUAUGUCACACGGAGGACAAAGACAAGGACAUCAUCAAUACUACUCCCCCCCCACAGCAAAAUACCUGCCAAGGAAAUAACUGUUUGUGUGAGGAUUACUACGACUUAACAUUAAUCUUAGAUGAAUCCGGAAGUAUUACCCUGACGAAGUGGAGAAUGGACGUUGUCCCCUUUGCAGAAAAAGUAGUAAGUAAUUUAAACAUAAGCAAAGACAAAAUACACUUAGGCAUUAUGCGUUUUGCCGUUCAGGUAAAAGAAGAUGUUAGUUACGGACAGGAGACGAGAUAUAACAAAAAUGCCCUAAUAAAUGUAGUUAAAGGAUUGAAAGACAAGUAUGGGUGGGGACAAGGAACCCGCCUUGUCGAUGCCUUAGAGCACUCGCUCAAAAAUUUCACCAAACAUCCAAACAGUAGGCCCAACGCACCUAAAGUGACAAUUUUAUUCACGGAUGGCAAUGAAAAUUACAGAUGGACCUGGGACGUACGCAAUAUAGGAUUGAAAUAUAGGAACGAAAACGUGAGGCUUAUUGUGGUAGGGGUUUACAAAGCUACCAUACAUAGUCUAAAAAUGUUGGCUGGCUGCAAUGAGAAUGAGCACUGCCCGCAGGUCAUCAAGUGCGAGUGGGACGAGCUGACCAGUAUAACGGAUGUGAUCACGGAUAAGAUAUGCGACAUAGAUGCGGGGGAGAAUGGGGGGUUACCAAACGGUUCGGAAAAACCAGUCUCCGGAGGCAUGCCCAAACCAGACAAGCAACACCCGACCUACGCAGACUGGGAAGACUCUUACUGCAAAAACUACUACGACCUAACCCUAAUUUUGGACGAAUCGGCAAGUAUAGGACAUUUCAGAUGGAGCCACGAAGUCGUUCCGUUUGCGACACAAAUAGUAAAAUUAUUACACGUGGGUUAUGACUCAGUGCACUUAGGCCUCUUACUCUUUUCUGACUCAAGAAGAGAUAUUGUGAAAUUUUCCGACGCAACCAGAUAUGACAAAUCGUUCCUUCUGCAAAGGAUAGAGAGCUUAAAAGAUGAUUACAAAAAAGGGAAGAAAACCUUCAUUGUGGAAGCCUUGGAAUAUGCAUUAGUGAAUUAUACAAAAGGUUCAAGUAGAGAUAAGGCCCCCAAGGUAACCAUGAUCUUUACAGAUGGUAAUGACUCCAGCGAGUCAGAUGAGACAUUAUAUAAGACAGGUUUGUUGUAUAGGCGAGAAAAAGUGAAGUUAUUAGUGUUGGGCGUUUCUAUGGCUGAUGAGAACAAACUACGACUACUAGUGGGCUGCAAGCAAAAUACAAAUUGUCCAUUUGUGAUUAAGGCCCAGUGGGGACAAUUGCCCAAGGCGUCAGAAGAAUUCGUAAGAAGGAUAUGCAGCUCUGGUCCUGUAAUACCUCCUGAGGUUGGAGGAAGCGAACCACCACAACGACCACCUCAGGUGGAUAUUCCGAUUGACCCAGAACUAGUUCUUCCCCCAUGCGAUGGAGAUGAGUGUCUUUGUCAAAGCAUGUACGAUUUGACUUUAAUUCUGGACGAAUCAGCCAGCAUAGGAAGUUCUAAUUGGAAAAAGCAAGUGUACCCCUUUGUGGAGAAGCUUGUAAAUCAUUUAGAAAUUUCGGAGAGAAAAAUCCAUGUGGGAAUUAUGCUAUUCGCUAAAGAUAUGCGAGAUUUUGUGAAGUUUUCCCAGAAGGAGAGUUAUGAGAAGGACGCUUUAAUGAGCAAAAUCCCAGAGUUGAAAAGUACAUAUAAGGCUGGGGCACGUACUUACAUAGUGCAGUCUCUAGAGUAUGCCCUAGAGCAUUAUACAAAGGGGCCAAGCAGCAGGGAUCAUUUACCCAAGGUAACCAUCUUGUUUACAGACGGGAAUAACAGCAAUCCUGGAGAUGAACUUUUGUCCGGUGCCAGUUCCCUAUAUAAGAAAGAGAACGUGAAGCUGUUGGUGCUUGGUGUUGGCGCUGCAAGUAUGCCUAAGUUGAGACUACUGGGAGGAUGUCACAAAACAGAGGGGAAUUGUCCCACCGCUAUAAAGACGGAAUGGGACAGUCUCAAAGAUAUAUCAAAGGGGAUGGUAGAUAAGAUAUGCAACACAGAUACGGAGAUAACUCCACCACCCCCAUCCACAGGAGGGGGCGAAGGUGAUGGUGGUAGUGUUGGUGGAGGUGGUGCAGCUGUUGAUGGUCCUACUCCUCCUUCAUCUUCUCUACCCCCCCCAAAUCUCCCAUGCCAAGAUGACGAAUCGUGUGCAGAAUGUGACGACGACGUAUGCAAUAAUGAUCCUGCCUGUAAAAAAGUUUUCGACAUCGCAAUCGUGCUAGAUCAAUCUCGUAGCAUCACGAGUGAUCAGUGGAAGAAGUACGUGAGACCUUUCUCAAUUAAUAUCAUAAAGUCGAAUUACUUGGCAAAGAAUCGGACUCAUGUGACUCUGGUGAAGAUGAGAAGGACAGCGACGGUGCUAUGGGAAUUGGGAAGGAAAGCUAGCUACAAGAAAAACCAAAUGAUUAAGACGGUGAGCAGCUUGGCCAAAUCAUCUUCCACUAGGAAAGAUAUCGCCAGAAAUUUGAAAUACCUGCGGGAGAAGGUAUUCAGCAAGAAGACAUCUCCUUCUCCCUCGAACACAAGGAGGAAGCUCAUCAUUAUGUUAGUGGAGGGGAAGUCCGACACCGAUUUGAAUGAGCUGCGAAGAGAAGUAGCACUGCUCAAAGUGAACAACAUCGACAUGUUUGUUUAUGCCAUAGAUAACAUCAAUGAUCAGGAGUACAAAAUACUUGGGGAUUGUGAAAACACUCCAUCUGGGCUUUGUAAAAACGCUGUGAAGGUAACCUGGGAUAAUUUAUUAUCAUCUGAGGAGAUACAUAGCAACUACAUAUGUAACAAGUACCCUGCAGAUGCUGAAUGUACAGAAUGGGGUGACUGGAGCCCAUGCCCAGAUAGUAACUCCUCCUCCACGUGUAAAAACAUGGCCGUUAGUAAAAGGGAGAGAAAGGGACCGCCAUAUACAUUAAAGGAGGAAGAAUACAUAGAUGACGAACAUCACAUGCAUGGAAGCUCGUGCACAGAAUUGAACUCCAUUGAAUAUAGAUCUUGUCCUGUUACCGAGGGGUGCAACGAUGUAUGCGGCGAUUUUGGUGAGUGGAGCCAGUGCAGCACGACCUGCGGGGAUGGAAUAAGGGUGAGGCAUCGCGCGGGAGCAGCAGAAAAAGUAUCUGGAAGAGUAGCCGGAAGAGCAGCCGGUGAAUCCUCACUGGCAGCCAGAGCCUCUUUCAAAGAUGACCAAGGCGAUUCGUGUGAUCUGUUCAACGCGACCGAGGUCGAACCGUGCAAUGUCCAGGAUUGUGGUUCUUCUGAAAUAUGCGAGGAUAUUGGGGAAUGGGGCGAAUGGUCCCCAUGUUCCAAGACGUGUGGAUACUCCACGAGAAGGAGAACCUUCGUCAUUUUGCCAGAAGAUAUGAAAGAGUACGCUCAUUGUUCGACGUUCGAAAAGUCUGAAACGGAGGUGUGUUCGGUUCCCGCGUGUGAAGAUGAGAAGUGCUUCGAGUGGGAGGAGUGGACUGAGUGGUCGGCGCCGUGUGGACCCCGAAAGAGGGUGCAGCGAGCCCGUCUCUUCUCUAAGGGUAACAGUGGUAGAAGCAGCGGCGGAGCGGCUCGCGUCUAUCCGAACCCAGACAUCCAGACGGAUGAUUGCAAAGCUUACUAUGAGAACAAAGUUGAGCAUGAUGACGGAUCCAACGGAGUCCCUUGUACGGACAAUCCUUGCGGCAGCUGGUCGGAAUGGUCCGAGUGCGACCGCACGUGCAACGUCGGAAUGAGGAUGAGGCGAUUUAUUUCUAACAUUACUGGUUUUGUAGGAGAUGAUACGGAUUUAUGUUUAGAAUAUCACAAUGAGAUAGAGACGGAACCAUGUUUGGGUCUGCCGCUUUGCGAUGAUGGUGAGUGUAAUGACUGGGAAACCUGGGUUGGGUGCGAUGAGGAGGAACAGGUAGGAUCAAAGGCAGGUGACACAUUGCCAUGGGGAAGAUCCACAUCUUGCCAUGCCGAGCCGAGGAGAAGAAUCCUCACGAGAACAAUGCAGCUGUUACAACACAAAAAAGCGAACACGUCGAAGUUUUGUAGCGACUACAAUUUAUUUAGAGAAGAAGAGUGCCCAGUGGUGGGUGGCUCCUCCACUCCGUGCAACGACGCCCUGUGUAACGAGUGGGAAGAUUGGGGAGAAUGUUCCACGACGUGCGGCACGGACUCAUUUAGAAUUAGAAAGAGAAAGGAGCCCCUGGAGUUGAUUCCCCCAUCGGAGGAUAUGGACGGGAAUAUGGGGCUGACCUGUGAGCAGCAGAAUAUAAGAAUAGGGGAGCGCGAAACCUGCAGUAUGCCGGCGUGCUCGCCGCCAUCGGGAGGAGGUAGUAGCGGAAGCGGUGGUGGAAACGGUGGUGGAAACGGUGGUGGAAACGGUAGUGGAAGCGGUAGUGGAAGCGACAGUGGAAGCGACAGUGAUGGUAGUGAAGGAAGUAGCGGCAUGGGGACCGGGGAGAAGGUGUCGCUGGCCGCAGGCAUCAUCGGGCUCGCAGCCCUUGGUGUGGGUGGGCUGACGUACGGCUACAAGACCCUGACUGGAGGAGAGGCCCCGCACAGUUCCAACAUGGAAUUCGAAAACGUGGAAACCGAAGGAGCAGAGGCGGAGAGGAGCAAUGAAGACUUUGAAGUGAUUGACGCCGACGACACCAUGUGGAACUAA